AUCAUUCUAAUCUGGUGCGCUUGAUUGGUUAUUGCGUUGAGGGCUCUCUUUUCCUAGUCUAUGAAUACAUUGAGAAUGGAAACUUAAGCCAACAUCUGCGUGGUUCAGGGAGAGACCCGCUACCCUGGUCUAAUAGAUUGCAGAUUGCCCUGGAUUCAGCAAGAGGUCUUGAAUACAUUCAUGAGCAUACCGUUCCUGUUUAUAUCCACCGGGAUACAAAAUCAGCCAAUAUAUUGAUAGACAAGAAUUUCCAUGCCAAGGUUGCAGAUUUUGGAUUAGCUAAACUGAUUGAAGUUGGAAGUACAUCACUCCCCACACGUCUUGUGGGAAAAUUUGGAUACAUGCCGCCAGAGUAAGAUAUUUUUUCUAUUUUUCUGUCACAUUAUUUGCUACAUCUCUAGCAAAAUUUUAGCAAGAACAGAUUGUCUUUGUUGCACUUUGGGGGAACCAAAUCUGCUGGAAGGAGCCAUUCUGAUUCUUUUUCCUGCCAUCAUCCCCUGACCUGUAAUCCGAUGGCUGAAGGGGCCUAAAUAUUGUGCACUUUUUUAGUAGACAUAUCUAAAUUCACAUAAAUAUCCAGAGUGAUCCUCUGGGACUGAGUGCUACUUUGUCGAUUGUCAUUAGAGGUCUUUAGUUUGGCCCUGCCAGCUUUUGUCAGAGAUAGGUCUUUAGGUGCUGCGAUAUUUAUUUAUAUCUGGGAAUCCUGCUGGAAUAGUAGGAAGGGUUCGGUUCUUCCUGCCCAAUUCGUUUCCCUUACAAGCGGGUAUUUUGAUGUGUUUCCUAUUCGAUGUUAUGCGGUAAGCUCAUGCAGUAAACUCCUCUUAAGAGGAGCGAAAAGGAAAACUUAAGUUCUGCUAUAGUCUGAGUAAAUAUGGGUUUAACUCCUAACAUGCUUGCGUACAGAUAUGCUCGAUGUGGCGGAGCUUCUACGAAAGUAGAUGUUUAUGCUUUCGGAGUUGUCAUUUAUGAAUCGAUCUCUGCCAAGGAAGCUGUUGUAAGGGCAGAUAGUUCUGGCUCUGAACCAAGAGGCCUUGUUUGUUUGUUCGAUGAGGUCCUUAAUCAACCUGAUCCUAAAGACCUCUGGAAAUUGGUUGACCCUGGUCUUGGAGACAACUAUCCACUUGACUCAGUGCGCAAGAUGGCUCAACUUGCCAAAGCAUGUACGCAUGAGAACAAAGAAUUGCGUCCAAGUAUGCAAUCUAUUGUGGUCGCCUUGAUGACGCUCUCAUCCUCAACUGAGGAUUGGGAUGUUGGAUCCUUAUAUGAAAAUCAAGCGCUCUCACCCUCAACUGAGGAUUGGGAUGUUGGAUCCUUAUAUGAAAAUCAAGCGCUCUCACCCUCAACUGCGGAUUGGGAUGUUGGAUCCUUCUGUGAAAGAGAAAGUCAAUCGUCAAGCGUCAAUCUGAUGUCGGGAAGUCAGAAUCUACAAGUGCAUUGUUGUGUUUAGCAUUAGGAAGUUUCUUUUAUUGUGAACAUACCCAAUAUGAGAUAUUGAUGUAGGAUAGAUUUAGGUAGAUUAGCAGAAGCAAAAACAAGGAAAAAACAGAAAAUAGAUGGAUAAAGAUGCCUUGGCUUCACACCAAAAUUCCAAUCACUGGAAAAGAAACUUUAACUCAAUAACUCAACUCUCAUAUCUGUCAGACCCAAAAAAAAAAAAA